UGGUGUCAGUAUCACUUUAAAAUGACACUGGACAAGUGGAUGAAGAUAGCAGCUGCAAACCCUGUUGGCAUCUGCUAUUAAAUAGUUAGAAUGGGGGGGGGGGGGCUGGACUUAAACUCCUGGCCAGUGAUGAGAUUGGGAAGGGGGCCCCUGGGUUGAUUAAAAAAUUUGGUGUGGGUUUAGUUAAUCUAUCAAUAUUGUUUGCAAAUUGUGUGGAACCACAAGAUGGCAGUAGUAUCAAGCUCUAAAUGCAGAAAGGGAAUCUUUGUAAAUGAGCUUAGUGACCCAAGGUUAACAUAAAAUGUUGCUUGCCAAACUUGUUUGAGCCAUAUAUCAUAAGAAGGGCUGUUGUAUAUGUAAAAUAUUAUUGAUACUGUCCAUUCAUCUUUGUAUUCCUUAUUUCCACACUCAUUUUAGCCUUGUUAAAGCUCAUCUUGCAAUGCUGUUCACCUUAAAAUUAACUUUUAGUAUGAAAUAUAGAGAGUAAUAUUCUGAGAAUAUUUGCAGUUGGUCUUCAUUUUUAUUUGUGAUUUUAUAUUUAGCGUUUUGGGCAACAGCUCUUUGGUUUGGAAUUUCAGCAGCUAUGUGGUAUCUAGGGUCCAAAUUACCCUAGCAACCAGGCUGUUGUUUGAAUAAGAGUCUGGAAUAUGAAUAUGAGAGGGCCUAAAUAGAAAGUGUAUUAAUAAAAAGUAACAGUAACCAUACAAUUGUAACCUCACAAAACAAUAGUUUUCUUGCUGCCAGGGUUGGUUAAAAGUUGGACACAGAAGAGGAAGGCAAAUAGUUCAAAAAUGAUAAAAAGUAAGAAAUAAAGACCAACUAAAAAGUCACUAAGAAUUGACCAUUCUAUAACAUACUAAAAGUCUACAUUCAACUUCAUUCAACUUGAAGGUAAACUACCCCUUUAGAAGGUAGAGGGCAGUUGAAAAAUCUGAUUCUGGUGGGGUAACAGUGCACUGCUACUGCUUCUGCCGUACAGUCAGUGUUGGACUGGAGCUUUGGGGACAUUGGGGCUGCAACCACGUUAAAGCCACUGAGGCUUUAAUGUGUGGAGAUUCGGCCCAGGCAGGGGAGCAGGCUUGGGGUUGCCCCUUUUAUACCACCACCAUACAAAGGUAAUUAUGCUAUUAAAUCAGCCAUUCAGGAACAUUAGUGUAAAGUGUGAAGAACCUUUUUGACAAUAUGUGCAUGCAUACAUUUUUUACAUUGAGAGUGAAAGUGAACAACUGACCAUGUAAACCUUGAGUCAAUAUAACAUAAUAACACUUGUAUUUACUGAUUUUAUUUUCCCAUAAUGAGUCACUGGGAUGUACUUUUUUUUUCUUUUUACCGUCAGCAGUUUUCUUUGAAAUCCAGAACCCUUUGUCACUUGUGGUGAGACAGAGUUUCAUAGCAACCUGUCUGGUGUCGUGCAAGAGGGUGGCACUUAAAGAGGAUCAGCAAGAAUUUAUAGAGUUGCUGCUAACAUAUAGCAGGUCAAUAGGUGCUAUGGGGACAGAGAACACCAAGGAAGCAAGGCAAAGACGUUCUGUAUUCAGGUGUUUUAGGAAGUUGACUGCACCAUGGCAGAUGGAGAUGAAGAUGAUAAAACAUCAAGCCCUCUUGUGUUUCGUCUUCAUGAUAGCACUCCCCAGGUGGUACGGGAUGUGCUGCUUGAACGUGGCUGGGAAGAAUUUGAUGAGAGUGAUCAAGCGAAAACUGCAUGGAAUCUGCAGUGGAGAUCGUCAGCAUUCUGUUCAUCUGACCAUGACAGCAUAAAGCCAUGGCAGCGACUCAAUCAUCAUCCAAGGACUUCACAGAUGAUAAAGAAGGAUUGCUUGGCAAGGCAUUUAAAAAGAAUGAAAGGAAUUUAUGGUCCAUCCUAUUAUGAGUUCAGCCCAGUAGCCUUUAUCUUACCAAAUGAGUACACAGCGUUUGUAGCUCAGUACACUAAGGAGAGGCGUGAUAAAAAAUCAAGCUAUUGGAUCUGUAAACCAACUGACUUAUCCAGGGGAAGGGGAAUAUUUAUUUUUCAGGACAUCAAGGACCUAGCCUAUGACUGUGCUGUUAUUGUGCAGAAAUAUAUAACGAACCCUUUACUAAUCUCUGGCUACAAAUUUGACCUCCGUAUAUAUGUCUGCGUAACCAGUUUUUGUCCUUUAACUGUCUACGUUUACCAAGAAGGCUUGGUAAGAUUUGCAACUGAAAAAUUUGACCUUAGUUCCCUUGAUAAUGUUUUUUCUCAUCUAACCAAUACUAGCAUUAAUAAAUACAGCGCAUCGUACAACACAGAAAAAGAGAGAGUUGGAAGUGGCUGUAAGUGGACACUCGGUCAAUUCCGGUCGUAUCUCCAUGGUUUAGAUGUGGAUGAUGUUCUGCUUUGGCAAAAGAUCUAUAAUAUAGUGACUAUGACCCUAUUGGCCAUUGCACCAUAUAUACCACCCACACCUAACUGUUUUGAACUCUUUGGUUUUGACAUCCUUAUUGAUGACACCUUGAAGCCCUGGCUUUUAGAAGUUAAUUACAGCCCUGCCUUGUCUUUAGACUGCUCUCAUGAUGUCACUGUGAAGAAAAAUCUCAUUCAUGACAUAAUAGAGCUUCUUAACUUCAAGACUUCUGAUUGUCAAAAAGAUACAAGAAGAUGCAAAAAGACAAAUUUAAUAGCACAACCCCUAAAUCUUCCUGCUCCACGGACAUUCAUUUGUGAUAAUGGCUAUAUGACCAAUAUGCCUGCAAAAGAUAACAGCUCGAUAGAACCAUUCUCUAUUCAGCUUGCAAGCAGCAACAACACAUCUCAAAAUUCUCCUGAAAUGGAUCGAAGCAACAAGUCAAAAGGAAGUGAUAAUGAAGUUGCUGAGAUGUGCUAUAAAAAGGAAGUUAUGCCAAAUGGCAAACCAAGUGCUCAUCCUCGAAAGACACUGACAUCUAGACUUAGAGAGAGAAUAAAUAUAUCCCAGAAGUUACCUGCAUCAAAAGUUAUUUCUAAAACACAUUCAAUGCUAAGUCCUUUAAGCUCUAAAAUGGAUUUCAAUUGUAUGUUACAAUCUUCACACCAGAGGCCUAAAUAUCCUUUGUUUCCCUUAUACUUUAUUUCUGAUCUCGACAAAAGGCCUCCUUCCCGAGUAGGUGAUUUUCUUCUUGUAUUUCCUUUUAAUGAUUCUUCCUUUGUAUUCUCAACAAAUGGAACAGACAUCAAAAGCAUAAUUCAGCAUAUCGGCAGGACAAUGAAUAGAAUUUCCCAGGAUCCCAAGUUGGCCUUAAAUUGACUCACAGAUUUCUUGAUGAUACAAAAUUAAAUAUGUGUAACGCUAUAAGAUACUCAAUAGGGGAUAACUCUUUAGUGCAAAUAGAAUUUCUACUCAAGUCAUUCCCCAGCUCAUCAGCCUGUAACUUUAUUAACUUUAGGAAUGUUGAGAGCUAGGUGCUACACUAAACAGAUGACAUCAGCUUGCCUUUUACUUUCACUGAAGCGUGUACCUUAAUUAAUAAAUUCUCCCAGCUUCCUUGUGACUUUUUUUCAGUUGAAUGGACAAUUACACUUGAGAAAUGAUUAUAAAAGCAAGAUUAUUGAAUAUGUACUCAACUCAACAUAUGAUGUCUGCUGCUUAGAUUAAAAAAAAAUAAAGGUAUAUUGAGUUACUUUAGAA